CUUGACGUUCUUCCAUUCUGUUCGAUCUAACGCCUCUGAGACCCAGGGUUUUUUCUCCAUCUCCCAGAGGGCAGGACAUCGCUUGUUCGCUGCCAAGUCUUACCCUGAUUCUUUCAAGAAUUGGAGGUAUAAAUGCCUAUGGGUUAUUCCUGCGGACGACAAGCUUCCAUUUGCUAACAAGUGCGAGGAGUUGAUCCGGAGGUGGAUCAUGCAUAUUCUAACUGGGGGGAAUGAGUAUGCGACCAAACUUAUUCUUGAUGGGGCGCUCUUCUUGAUGGGCCAUUAUGUAGGUGAUGACUGGGUGGUUAUGUUUGAACUUGGAUCAGGGGGGCGAGAAGAUGGCGUAUAGACUGGAGCGGCUUGCUGCAAAGGCUGGAUCUACCACGGGUUCUCUAGUUUCGGUUAGGAGGAUUCAGACCCAGGGUGCUAUUGAAGUUGCUCCGGAGAAGUCUAGUGGGUUCACCCAAGGAGAUGGCGCAGCAACUCUUCCAACGUCGGCUGCAGACCUUCGACCUCCCAUGACUAGGUGCCGGGAAGAGGCUGGCAUCCCAGCCCAUCUCCGUUCCCAAAGGGAAGAAGGCCAAAACAGUCAGAACGCCCCGACACCUCUCCAUAUCAUUCGUCUGACUAUGCGUUCAAGAUCAGCCUCUCGGCUCCAUUAUGGCACAGUUAAUCCAGCCUCUCUGGCCCUUGCUAUCACCCUCCUGCUGACAGAGAAGAGCUCGGGAAUCUGACCCCCUUCCCCCGUUCGACUCUUUGGCGCGCAGUUCAUGUUGUCUCUGAGAUCUGUGGACUAUUGAGCAUUGACGAUGGAGAUGCGGACGAGUGACGAAGACGCCAUUGACGAAGCACGGGGUAGCGGACGACCGUCAUUAUUUGCUAAAGCUUAACCAUCCUGCUCCCGCCGCUCGAAUGAGGAGCAACAAGAGGCCCGAGGACUGACUGUCAAGCACAAGAAGGUGGUGGCACACCUAGACGCUGUCAGGGUUGCUGCUGUGAGGGAGGCCGAAGAGCUGCAGAAGAAGAUGGAUGACACCAUUGUUUCUCAUAAGGCCAAUGAGGAUGCAUGGAGGGCCAAGAAGAAGGAUCUAAGGAAGAAAGUCAAAGAGGUUGGAGUUGCUGCCGUUCAAGCCUUCCUAGGAGGAGAGGCUUUUAAGGCCAAGGUGGAGAAGGUCCUGGAUGCCCG